UUUUCAAUUUUCUCGGUGAUUUCCGCUGCCCCAGAGCAAGAUUUUUGCAGCUGCUGUUUGUACGGUGACAGCUAGGGGAACCACUUGCUUCUCUGUCCUGCAAGAAUGGAACUAAGGGUCUGUGGGGCUUCACAUUAUAUCCAGACUAUUAGAGGUGGUGUGGUGAUGAAAGUUCAAAAUAUAAAUUCCAAUGGCAGGCCAGUUAUUAGAACCAAGAGUUUAAAGGAUAUAUAUAAGCACGAAGAUGCCAAAACACCACAAAGGCCUCCUUCAAGCUUGGCCAUUGACCACGAACAGGUGAAACGUGAAAAUCCAUGGGCUGAUAGAACACUACAGGAUGUAAAGCCUAAAACUGAUGAAUUUGUUCCCCAUGCUGAUGAUAAUGGGGACAGUGGGUCGGACGACGACAUCACAUUGAAACAACUCAGAAACAGGUUCUUAACAAAGAAAAGAAAACACAUUCUUAGCAACGAGUACUCUAAAAAGGACAGUGCAGAUUGUGAGCCAGUGGAAGAUGAGUCUGAUCUUGAUGUGCUCAUAAUCAAUUUGAAACCGAAGCGUUCAAAGACAUCCAAGGCCAAAAGAAAACGCAUGAAUAUGAGUGUUGCUUCCUCACCAGCCAUUGACUUUGCUGUUAAAUCCCAAGAGAAUUUGGUUUCUGAACCUAUUUGUGUCAAAGUUGAGGUUCCAGAUACUGAGGAAUUAGGAAGUCAAAUCAAAGCCUCUUGUGGUGACCCCUCAUCCAACUACGAGGGACUAAAUCCUGGUGGGCUAGCAUCAAAUGAAUUUCAGGAGAUGGUUCAAGAUGAAUAUAGAGAAACACUACUGUGUGCGGACGAACAUCAAAAUUGUGUUACUGAUGAGAUACAAUACGAUCAUUUGGAGGAUAUCGAGCCUAUUUCCAUGAUUGUACCUUGGGUGGAAAUGUGUGUAAAAUUAGAAUCUGUAGAAUUGGUUUUUGAAGAGUUUGCAGAGUUGCCUCCUUCAGCCACCGAGGAGCAAAAAGAGACUGCAGAUGCAGAUUCUUACAUGAGGUCUCUGUCUGAAGAUCACAAUUCAGAUAUGUGUAGUCCUUCCAGAAGUUCUUUCAUUAUGGAAGAUACAUCGGAGCAAAGAAGUAGUUCAAGCAUCCAAGUUCCUGAUAUGGAUAUUGACUGUAUUGAUGGCUGCAAGGAACUUGAUCAGGAAUCUAACACUGCCCUACUUCAGAAUAAAGCCGAGGCAGAGUUUCCAAAUGAGUUAGAUGACUAUCUGAGUAGCCUUACAAAGAACUGUCAUUCAAACCCGGAUUCAAUUAUUUCAUUGACGACCAAUGAGAACUUGGUCCCCAUGGAAGAUACUGAUGAGGAGCAACCUCCGACAUGUUCCUUUGAUCCCACGGAUAGGAAUGUUUUGAAUUGCGAGAAUGAGUUGUUAAAAACUAAGCAGAUGCAGAUUUCAGCAUCUCCCAUCGCUGAUACAGAAAGUCAGUACUUGUCAAAGAACCAAACUUGUGAUAGUGCUGAUGAAAUUUCAACGUCAGAGCCACAUCAAACUCCUGAAAGGCUCCAUUCAACAAGAAAGGCUAUCUCUCCAUCUUCUCAAGAGCGACUAUGCUUGGUGAUGAAUUCUGUUGAAACCGUGAAUGACGCCGAUCAAAAUAUUGUUUCAGAAUGCAAGAAGGACAAACAAACCGAAAAGAAGUCUUCACCUCUGGGAUCAGAAAAACAGCAUGAUGAAACAGCUGUUAAUAGUAGACGAUCUGGGCAGGUUAGCCAGCGGAAAUUCGUUAGAAGUCCGAGAAGUAUCACAAAGAAAUCACAGGUUGCAAAAGGCAAUUUUGAAAGUUCUAGGUUCUCGCGCACCUUGCCCAACCUCAGUACUGGGUGUACCUCCGUUGAAGGUUGCUCUGAAAGUGCUAUUGCAUUCUCACAGCGACAGAUGCACGACAUGGAGUCUCUUUCAAUGAAGCUGAUGAGCGAGUUGAAGUCGAUGAAGGACAUUGUAGAACAAAAAUUGCUCUUUGAAGCGUAUCGCAAUGUUUCGUUGAAGAAUGAUGCCGAUGAGGUAAAAUUGGCCAUCAGUAAUGCCACAAAAGUCGAGGGCACAGCAAAAAAAUGGCUGUCGAUAAUGGCAAGGGACUGCAACCGUUUCUGUAAAAUAAUGGAAUUGACUCCGAACAAAGCAGCUAUUUCGAACGAUACUGUCCCCAGAGAGGGGAGGAAGAUUAUAUUUGCCGACGAAGCUGGUGAAAAGCUCUGUCACGUCAAAUUUUUCGAAAAUGACUCGACUUCUUCUCCAGUACUGUCUGAUGCUGAACAACAGUGAUAAAUCAUUCAACUUUAUCUGCUGCGUCUGGCUCGUCAUAAACUCGUUAAACCUCGUUCCCCUGAGAAGUUUCUUGUAAUGUAAGUCUCACUGUAUUGUUCCUUAUUUUUCUCACAGGACACAACAAAUUGAAUACUUAUUUUUCUUGUUAAUCUUCAUUAUUAUUUACUAUGGGAGUAAAACUUGUAACCAUGGUAUUAUUAUGUUCAGAUGAA